AUGCCCCAAGCUCCACAUGCCCCCACCGCAGUCCCACAAGCCCCAAGCUCCACAUGCCCCCACCGCAGUCCCACAUGCCCCAAGCUCCACAUGCCCCCACCGCAGUCCCACAAGCCCCAAGCUCCACAUGCCCCCACCGCAGUCCCACAUGCCCCAAGCUCCACAUGCCCCCACCGCAGUCCCACAUGCCCCAAGCUCCACAUGCCCCCACCGCAGUCCCACAUGCCCCAAGCUCCACAUGCCCCCACCGCAGUCCCACAAGCCCCAAGCUCCACAUGCCCCCACCGCAGUCCCACAUGCCCCAAGCUCCACAUGCCCCCACCGCAGUCCCACAAGCCCCAAGCUCCACAUGCCCCCACCGCAGUCCCACAUGCCCCAAGCUCCACAUGCCCCCACCGCAGUCCCACAAGCCCCAAGCUCCACAUGCCCCCACCGCAGUCCCACAUGCCCCAAGCUCCACAUGCCCCCACCGCAGUCCCACAUGCCCCAAGCUCCACAUGCCCCCACCGCAGUCCCACAAGCCCCAAGCUCCACAUGCCCCCACCGCAGUCCCACAUGCCCCAAGCUCCACAUGCCCCCACCGCAGUCCCACAUGCCCCAAGCUCCACAUGCCCCCACCGCAGUCCCACAAGCCCCAAGCUCCACAUGCCCCCACCGCAGUCCCACAUGCCCCAAGCUCCACAUGCCCCCACCGCAGUCCCACAUGCCCCAAGCUCCACAUGCCCCCACCGCAGUCCCACAUGCCCCAAGCUCCACAUGCCCCCACCGCAGUCCCACAAGCCCCAAGCUCCACAUGCCCCCACCGCAGUCCCACAUGCCCCAAGCUCCACAUGCCCCCACCGCAGUCGCACAUGCCCCAAGCUCCACAUGCCCCCACCGCAGUCCCACAUGCCCCAAGCUCCACAUGCUCCCAGCCCCAUCCCAUGUUCCUUCCCAAAACACCAACCAACAGCAGGCCCAACAAGAGGUCGGGGGCAGGGAGGAGCAGCGAAGGCUGAAGAUGGGGGGGAUGGUGAUCAUGGUGGUGAUGGGGAUGGGGAAGAGGAUGACAAUGAAGGAGCAGAAGAGGAGGCAGAAGAGGUUCAAGAUGCAGACUACGAUUCUGAUGUGAGUUUCCUGCCUGGUGCAGCAACGGCUGAAUAUGGGGAUGAUGAUGAUGAUGGGGAUGAUGAUGAUGAUGGGGAUGAUGAGGAUGAUGGGGAUGAUGAGGAUGAUGGGGAUGAUGAGGAUGGGGAUGCUGAUGAUGGGGAUGCUGAUGAUGGGGAUGAUGAUGAUGGGGAUGCUGAUGAUGGGGAUGCUGAUGAUGGGGAUGAUGAUGAUGGGGAUGCUGAUGAUGGGGAUGGGGAUGAUGAGGAUGAUGAGGAUGGGGAUGCUGACGAUGGGGGUGAUGAUGAUGAGGAUGAUACUGAACGGGGGAAGGGGGAGGUGGAAGCGGCACAAGAUGCGGGCUACGACUCUGACGAUCAAGAGCAAGAGGAAGAGGAGGAGCAGGAGAAAGAGGAGGAGGAAGAAGAAGAAGAGAAAGGAAAGGAACAGGAAAAGCCUCGAGUGCUGGUUAGAAGAGCUCGUUCCACUGCUGCUGCAGCACUGGGGGCAGUGGGUUCGAAUGGACGCACGAGAACGCCUGUGGGAGCGCCAGUUUUGAAAGGAAGCAAGAGAAAGGCUCCGAGCACGAAGGGGGCGCUGGUUGCUGCUGCAUCUGGCGCUCUGAAACGCAAGUCUAGACUCAAGCAACUGGAGGAGGAGGACGAAGAUGAAGGGGAGGAGGAAGAGGAGGUGGGGCAGGAGGAGGAGACAGGACAGGAAGGAGAGGUGCAAGAAGAUGGCGAGGGGGGAGAAGAGGAGGAGGAGGAAGAGGAAGAGGAAGAGGAGGAGGAUUUGUUGGGGAUAGGCGUGGAUGAGGACGAGUCUGAAGACUUCAUACCGGGAUUGGAGAAGGAAGGACAGGAGGAGGAGCAGGAGGAGGAAGAAGAAGAGGAUGAAGGACUAGGGGAAGCGGAGAUGGGGGAGGAGGAGGAUGGGGGUGGGGAGAGGGGAGGAGGGAAGAAGCAAGGAAAGGGGUCGCGACAGUCAAUGGGGCCGGUAUGUGGUGCAGCUGCCUUGUGUGCGAGUGCAUUGUGCUGUGCUGCCGUAUGGGAUGCAUCACAACACCAUGCAUGCGCCAUGAAAUGUCAUUUAAUUGCUCUUAACCCAGUUCUCCCCAUCACCCCUCUACCCCCCCAACCUCCCAUCCCCAACCUCCCAUCCCCAACCUCCCAUCCCCAACCUCCCAUCCCCAACCUCCCAUCCCCAACCUCCCAUCCCCAAUCUCCCAUCCUCAACCUCCCAUCCCAAUCUCCCAUCCUUUAUUACUACAGCCACCACCCCGGCAACCGUUUCCCAAGGCCCGGUCGCAGCCUGUUUCAACAGCCUUCCGCUCCCAUUCCCUCUCCAAACCCCUCACAUCUCCCUCUCCUUCCCGUCUACCCCCAACUUGCCUUUUCCCCUCUUUGCAGCCGCCAUCCCGACAACCACUCUCCAGUGGGGGUUAGGAUGGGGCGGGAAGGGAGGAGGGAUAGUAGAGAGGGGUGGAGGGUAGGUCAGGGAGAGGUGAGGAGGGGAGAGGAGAUUGCGGUGGGGGAGGUGGGGGGUGAGGGAGGUGAGGGAGGUGUGGGGUUGGGUGGGAUGGGUGAGAGGAGUGGUGGGGUGGAUGGCCGGGGGGCGGCAUUUUUUGGUGCUAAUGGGCAUGGGUUGGCAGGUGAUGGUGGGUCCGAGAGGGAUGCGAGAGUCUAUGGGAUCUCUCAAAACUCAGAUAUGAGGAUGGGUGAUGGCGGCUGGAAUGGAAAGGGAGAGUUGGGGGGAGCUAGUGGGGGAGGAGAGGGGAGGAGUGAGAGAGAGGAUGGGGAGUUUGAGGAAGAUACAGGGGAGGAGGGAGGAGGAGGAGGAGGAGGAGGAGCGAGAGGGCAAGAGGGAGGGGAUGCUUUAAAUGGAGGAGGGAAAGGACAAGAAGGAGUGAAUGGAGGGUCCAUGGAAGGUGGAGAGGGGAAGGGAGAGGAAAAAUUAGUUUGUGGCAAUGGGACGGUUGUGAGGGAACAGGUUGAGGAGGGUGCAGAUGGGCUCAGUGAGCAGGGAGGACCGACAGGAGCAGACGGCAAGCCAAUAGCAGCGAUCUCGUUGCCGAAGCUCUCAAGCGAGCUGCCGAAGCUGGAGUGCGGCUGGCAGCCCGAACUAGUCAAGCAGGUCCGGAUAGCACAAGACCGAAUGGCUCGGAAGCACAGGCUUCUUCAGCUGAAGGGGUAA